GGGUCGUUUGGCCACCUUGGCCCCGCGGCCGGAACGGCGCAGGCCGGGCUGGAACUCCGGGGGGUCCCCGGCCAGUGAGAGUCGGGAGCAGCCACAGUGCACCGGGGAGCACGGAUGGCUCGCACUUUGGAACCCCUGGCAAAGAAGAUCUUUAAAGGAGUUUUAGUGGCUGAACUUUUGGGCGUUUUUGGAGCGUAUGCUUUGUUUAAAAAGAUGGACACAAGCCAAGAUUUCAGGCAAACAAUGAGCAAGAAAUUUCCCUCCAUCUUAGAAGUUUAUUACAAAUCCAUUGAAUGUUCUGGAAUGUAUGGAAUCCGAGAGCAGGAUCAAGAAAAAUGGCUGAACAACAAAAGUUAGGAAUUUGGCCACUGAUCAAGGUUUACCCAAUUUCACAGUAUCAGGCAAGAUUAAAAUUCCAAAGUUGACAUGGAUGGGUUUUGGAAUAUUUAAGACAAAAUGUAAAUUCUAAUUAAGCCAGAGUUUUUAUUCUUUGGACUAUUAAGAAAUUACUGAAGGUAUGUUUAUUACAUAAUAAAUAAAGGUUUGUUUAUAAUACUCAGUGAUUUUCCUUUAAAAAUAUCUAUCUAAUUAACAAAGAGCAUAUCAAACGACACAGAGUUAAGAGUUGGUUGAGAAAAGGCAAAAGGUGUUUAUGGAAAAUGUAAGGCUUAAAUAUAACUGAAUGGUUUAAACAUGAAUGAAAAAAGUGAUCUAGAGAUAUUCAGAUGUGUAUUCAGAUUGAAAUAUAUAAAAUUUAUUUUCCAUUGUAAAAAUAAACUAAAUUGCACCAACAAAUAA